AUGAAGUCCAAGUGUAGCUCUCUUUUGAGUCUCAUUGCCUCUGUCCUUACAGUUGGCGCUUCAGCCAGCAACUUAACUCAAGCUUUGCCUCAGACUGUCACGAACGGGCAGUCCAUAUGGGGUACUUUGGAUGUGCCUAGAUUCCCUGACUUCCUCACCAACAACCCGCUUCCAUGCGGGGUUCCAUGGGGAGACCGGGAAAGGGAAGGUCUCAGCAACGAUCCUUAUUCGCAACCACCAAACACAGGAGUCACGAGACACUACCACUUCACUCUCUCACGACAAGCCCUCUCGCCGGAUGGCGUGAACAAGAGCGGCAUCUUUGUCAACGGCGAGUUCCCGGGGCCUGCGAUCGAGGCCAACUGGGGAGACUGGAUUGAGGUGCGGGUGCACAACCACAUCGACGGUCCCGAAGAGGGAACAUCGAUUCACUGGCACGGCCUCACGCAAAAGGACACGCAGUACUUUGACGGUGUUCCCGGUGUGACUCAGUGUCCCAUCGCGCCUGGUGCUUCCUUUACCUACCGUUUCCGCGCCGACGUCUACGGCACCUCAUGGUGGCACUCGCACUACUCGGCUCAAUGGACGGCCGGCGUCUUUGGCCCCAUGAUCAUCUACGGCCCGAAGCAUGUCGGCUACGACGUCGACGUCGGGCCCGUCAUGCUCCAUGAUUACAGCCACCGCCAGUACACGGACAUGGUGGCCGACGCGGCCUCGACCAGCCAGAACCUCUCCGUGUACGCGCCCAGCGCAAGCAACAACCUGAUCAACGGCAAGAACAACUACGACUGCUCUCAGGCCGAUGUCAACGCAACCUGCGUCAACAACGCCGGGCUCUCGCAGUUCCGCUUCACGCCGGGCGCGACGCACCGGCUGCGCCUGAUGAACACGGGGGCGGCGGCGCUGGUCCACUUCAGCAUCGACGGCCACCAGAUGCAAGUCAUCGCCCAAGACAUGGUCCCCGUCGUCCCCUACGACGCCGACUACAUCACCCUGGGCGCCGCCCAGCGCACCGACAUCCUCGUCAAGGCCGACGCCAGCCCCAACGCUACCUACUGGAUGCGCUCCACCAUCGCCCUCAACUGCUCCAUGGCCGAAAACACCCAAGCCCUAGCCAUCAUCUCCUACGAAAGCGACGACGACAACGCCGCCGGUCCCCUCGCCAUCGAAACUCCCACCACCGCCAUCAACCCCGCCGCCGCCGCCGCCGACCAAAAGCCCUUCCUCUGCCUCAACGACCCGCUCAACACCACCACCCCCUUCUUCCCGCACCCCCUCAUCCCCACCCCCGACCUCACCCUCACCUUCACCGCCAACCUCACCACCAACGCCACCGGCCACCACGUCUGGACCCUCAACAACCGCACCCAACGCGCCGACUACAACGCACCCUCCCUCCUCGCCGCCGCGCAGGGCAACACCUCCUUCCCGGACGCCUGGAACGUCUACGACACCGGCCGCGCCCGCACCGUCCGCAUCGUCAUCAACAACGCCUACCCGUCCUCGCACCCGAUGCACCUGCACGGCCACGCCUUCCAGGUGCUGGCGGAAGGGCCCGGCGUGUGGGAUGGAGUCAUCGACGAGAGCAACGCGGCUAACCCCGCCCGCAGGGACACGAUGCUCUCGCGGCGGGGGGGCCACUUGGUGAUUCAGUUCGAGGCGGACAACCCCGGCGCGUGGACGUAUCACUGCCACAUCGCGUGGCAUGCGGGGAUGGGGUAUAACAUCCAGUUGUUGGAGAGGGCGGAGGAGCUGCCGGGCUCGGUGCCGAUGGUGAUGGAGGAGACGUGUAGGAGGUGGGAUGAGUAUACGUCUGAGAGUGGGGUUGUGGUGGAUCAGAUUGAUUCGGGGAUUUGA